GACAUUUUAUGUGAAAAAUUAAUAUUUUGAGAAAUAAUCCAAAUAAUUUAGUGCGCAUGCGCAAUCACCACAAGUUCUCGCGAGAAGUGAGUGUAGAAGACGAGAACAGCCGCCAUGAGUGAUGCUGGCUUUUUCAAGGGUACAACUGCCGACCAGGACAAUAGAUUUACAGACAAGAAAAAGAAGUUGAUGAAAUCUAUGAGAUUUGCAGAUGGCACAGAUAAGAAGAUUGACAUGUCUAAGGUUAACCUGGACACCAUUAAACCUUGGAUUAACAAGCGAAUCACAGAGUUCCUUGGGAUUGAAGAUGAUGUCCUUAUCGAGUUCAUCUAUAAUCAAUUAGAAGAAAGGCACCCAGAUUCCCGGGAUAUGCAGAUAAACCUCACUGGAUUCUUGAAUGCUAAAAAUGCUCGUCAAUUUAUCGGGGAAUUAUGGGAACUGCUCGUCAGCGCUAUGGAAAAUAUUGGGGGAAUUCCAGCAAAAUUUGUCGAGCAGAAAAAAGAGGAGAUAAAAAAGAGACAGGCUGAGCAGGAAAGAAUCCAGGCGAGUUUGAAGAAGAAGGAGGAAGAGAUAAACAGAGCCUUGAAGGAGGAGAGAAAGAAAACAGAAGAGCGACAUGAUAGGCGUAGAUCCCAUUCCCGUGAUCGUGAUGGCAGACGUAGACGAUUCCGAGAUAAAAGUGCGUCAAAGUCCCCGAGGCUGAGGCCCUCAAGAUCUAAGUCACCCUCUCCAAAGCGAGACCCCUCCCCAAAGAAAGAUCAAACUCCUGCCCAACGUGAGCCAACCCCUAAAGAAAGACGUAGUAAAUGGUCAUCACGAUCAAGGUCAAGGUCACCUAGUGCAACCCCAGCAGAGGCGACGAAACCAGAGGGUCAGAAUUCUUCUGCGACUAACGCUGAUGUGAUAGCUUCCAGUGAGCCAGUGCAGAAUGGUGAGACAGACAACAAAGAUGCUAAGAAGGAGACAAAGGAUUCUGACUCCGAGGAGGAAGAUGGACAGAUUAAGGAUGACGUUGACAAGAAACAAGUGGCAGCAAAAUCUAAGUCUCCUGAGAGAAAACGAAGAAAAUCAAGUCGGUCCCAUAGUCCUAAGCAUAGACGCAAACGAUCAAAGUCACCUAGAAAACAUUCAAGAAGGUCCAGGUCUCGAUCCCCAAGAUCAAAGCGUAGAUCUCCGAGACGAAGGUCCAGAUCCCCCAGGAGACGAUCUAGAUCUCCCAGGCGAAGAAGAGAUUCAUCACCUAGAAGAAGAUCAAGAAGUCCGAGACGGCGUCGCUCCCCAUCACCUAGGAGAAGGUUUUCACCACGACGUAGGUCACUAUCACCAAGGCGACGCAGCAGAUCCCCAAAAAGAAGUCGUCGUGAUUCGAGCCCCAAGAAGACAAAGAAGAGGCAUGGAUCUAGGUCCAGUAGUGGCUCAAUGUCACCCAAACCUAAGCCUACCAAGAAGGUUGAGUCAGGCUCCGAUAGUGACUCAGAUUCAUCUGUGGAUAAGCCGAAGAAAAGACAGUAUCGAAAACGUGAAGAUUCAGCGAGUUCUUCAUCUGAGGAAGAAAUUUCCCCAGUCAAGCAGCUGAAAACUAAACCUGCAAAAUCAAUAUCUCCAAAAAGGCGAAGUUCUAGAUCACCUCGGAGGUCAAGGUCACCCAGAAGACGGCGUUCUAUAUCACCACGACGACGCUAUUCACCUCCAAGACGUCGAAGUCCACCCAGAAUGAGGUAUCGUUCACCACCUAGAUAUCGGUCACCUCCCAGACGGAGACGCUCCCGAUCCCCUCGUCGUCGUCGAGAUUCAUCAGCAGAUAGAUGGCGCAGUUCACCAGCACGUCGCAGUCCUAGUCCACGACCUGAAAGACGUUAUGGUAGAAUGCGGUCAUCCAUAUCUGUUUCUCCUGAAAGAAAAAGGACCAUUUCUAGGAAAAAUCGUCCCUCCCCCAGCCCUGAAAGGCCCAAAAGCAGGAAAACUCAACGUGACAUUUCUGAUUCACCUCCCCCCAAGGUUAAACGUAAGCCUGCCCCCUCUCCACCCACAUCAUCUGAUGACAGUGAUUCAAGUGAAUCAGAGGCAGAGGGGUCUCCAGAAAUUAAGCGCAAAAUCAUUAUCCGAAGAUCUCGAUCAGGAAGUGGUCCACCACCUACCCGGAAAAUAUCCAGAGGACGUAGGUCGUAUUCAGGGUCUCCAAAGCGUAAAAUUAAAACAAAGGCAAGGUCUGAAAGUGGUUCACCUCCAAGGCCAAUGAAAAGGAAGCCAAGGAAAAUACAGAGAGAAAAAUCAGAGAGUGAAUCCCCUGUACGGAAACCACCAAUCAGAAGACGUGCAUCUAGAUCAGAGAGUGACUCCCCCGUGAGAAAACCAACUAAAGUCCCCCAGAGGGACAGAUCUUUAUCGAUGAGUGUCUCUCCUCCACGAAAGCUGAAAAGUCGCAAGGCAAGGUCAGAGAGUGAGUCUCCAUCUCCAGAAAGACCUCCACCUAAGGGAAGAAGACCAAUAGCUCCAAAACAAAAAUCUUCAGACUCUGAUUCUGAAUCAAGUGAAGAGGAAGAGUCUCCCAUAAGGAAAGUUGACAGAAGGCCAAGUGGAUCUCCCAGAGUUGUCAAGCAGAAGGUUAGGGCUCGCUCAAGUAGUGGUUCUCCACCCCCAAGAGGUCAAUCCUCCUCGGCUUCUGAGUCCCCUUCACCUCCUCGAGCUAAACCGAAGAUGAGACGUCCUCCUUCCGAAUCGCCCUCACCAGAAAGACAACAGUCACCUAUGCUUUCACAACCCUCUCGUAAAAGACGUGAAUCAUCUAGGUCUCCAAAUAUAUCAAAGGGAAGGAGGCGAUCUUCUCCAUCUCCAAAACGAAGGAUGUCACCAUCUCCUAGGCGCAGGGCAUCAUCUCCAAGGCAAAGGGCAUCACCUUCUCCAAGAAGAAGAGCAUCACCUUCUCCAAGGCGCAGGGCAUCACCAUCUCCAAGGCGCAAAUCUCCAAGGCGCAGGUCAUCACCUUCUCAGAGGCGAAGGGCAUCACCAUCUCCAAGGCGCAUGGCUUCACCAUCACCUAGACGCAGGAGAUCUCCAA